AUGUCAAUUGGGACCUUGGUGAGGGGCUCUCCAGACUCGGAUGUUGUCGGUGUGACUGGGGGCUCUGGUGAUGUGGUCACUGGGGCGGUAGAGGUAGAGGUAGAGCCAGUGGUGCUAAUGGUCGAUGGGGUCGUGGUUGAGCUGGUGGUCGAUGAUGUUGUGACCUGGCCGGUGGUAGAGGUCGUGGCAGUGCCUGGGGCGGGAGUGGCUGUGGUGUUGGACACCGAUGUGACCUGA